CUCGCCCGCCCGCGGCUGCCGGACGCGGGGCCAGGCGGCAGCACCGGCGGGACCUCCGCCAUUAAACCGGCCGCAGCGUCGGCCGCAGAGGCGGAGCGGGAGGUCUGUCAGCCGCGCUUCGGCGGCUCCCACAGCGUAAACAUUACCAAAUGAGGAGAAAAGGAAGAUGUCAUCGAGUAUCAGCAGCAAGGCAUUCUUCUUCCCCAUGCAGUAUUAAGCACUCCCCCACACGAGAAACCUUGACGUACGCUCAAGCUCAAAGAAUGGUUGAAAUAGAAAUUGAAGGUCGCCUGCAUAGGAUCAGUAUCUUUGAUCCUUUAGAGAUUAUAUUAGAAGAUGAUCUUACAGCCCAGGAAAUGAGUGAAUGCAACAGCAAUAAAGAAAAUAGUGAAAGACCACCAGUUUGUCUAAGAAGCAAACGGCAUAAAAAUAACAAAGUGAAAAAGAAAAAUGAAGCUCUUCCGAGCUCACAUGGUAUACCUGCUACAACAACUCCUCUUCCAGAACCAAAAGUACGAGUUGUUGAAUACAGUCCCCCUUCAGCUCCUCGGAGACCUCCAGUUUAUUACAAAUUCAUUGAGAAGUCAGCAGAAGAACUUGAUAACGAAGUUGAGUAUGACAUGGAUGAAGAAGAUUAUGCGUGGUUAGAAAUAAUAAAUGAGAAGCGGAAAAGUGAUGGAGUGUCAGUUGUUUCACAAAAUAUGUUUGAAUUCCUUAUGGAUAGGUUUGAAAAAGAGUCUUAUUGUGAGAACCAAAAACAGGGUGAUCAUCAGUCUUUAAUUGAUGAAGAUGCAGUGUGUUGUAUAUGCAUGGAUGGUGAAUGUCAGAACAGCAAUGUAAUCCUGUUUUGUGAUAUGUGUAAUUUAGCAGUACAUCAGGAAUGCUACGGGGUGCCAUAUAUACCUGAGGGCCAGUGGCUCUGCAGACACUGUCUGCAGUCCCGUUCUCGGCCUGUAGACUGUGUGCUGUGCCCAAACAAGGGAGGUGCCUUUAAAAAGACUGAUGAUGAUCGUUGGGGACACGUUGUGUGUGCUUUGUGGAUUCCAGAAGUUGGAUUUGCCAAUACAGUUUUUAUUGAGCCAAUUGAUGGUGUCAGGAACAUUCCCCCAGCCAGAUGGAAGUUAACAUGCUACCUCUGUAAACAGAAAGGUGUUGGUGCCUGCAUCCAGUGCCACAAAGCAAACUGCUAUACUGCAUUCCAUGUGACGUGCGCUCAAAAGGCUGGUCUGUAUAUGAAAAUGGAACCUGUGAAAGAACUAACUGGCAGUGGGACAACAUUCUCUGUAAAAAAGACUGCCUAUUGCGAUGUACAUACUCCACCAGGUUGCACACGGAGACCUCUAAAUAUUUAUGGAGAAGCUGAAAUCAAAAACGGUGUUUGUAGAAAGGAGGGAUCAGUCAGAACUGCUAGGUCUACAUCAAAAGUCAGAAAAAAGACAAAAAAAGGCAAGAAAACAGUGGUUGAACCCUGUACAGUUAUGCCAACGGUAUCUGCUCCUUAUAUCCCCCCACAGAGAUUAAAUAAGAUUAUGAAUCAGGUGGCCAUUCAGCGGAAGAAGCAGUUUGUUGAACGAGUGCACAGUUACUGGUUGCUUAAAAGACUGUCUAGGAAUGGUGUUCCUCUCUUGAGAAGGCUGCAGUCCAGUUUACAGUCACAAAGAAACACACAACAGAGAGAAGAUGAUGAAGAAAUGCAAGCCUUAAAAGAAAAACUGAAAUACUGGCAAAGGCUGCGCCAUGAUCUUGAAAGAGCGCGUUUGUUGAUUGAACUUAUACGUAAGCGUGAAAAAUUAAAAAGAGAACAGGUCAAGAUUGAGCAGGUUGCUAUGGAACUUCAUCUUACUCCAUUCACUGUACUUCUGCGAUCAGUUCUGGAUCAGCUGCAGGAAAAGGAUUCUGCUCGUAUAUUUGCUCAGCCAGUGAACCUUAAAGAGGUUCCAGACUAUUUGGAUCAUAUUAAACAUCCUAUGGAUUUCUCUACCAUGCGAAAACGGUUAGAUGCUCAAGGCUAUAAAAACCUCAGUGAGUUUGAAGAAGACUUCAAUCUUAUCAUAGAUAACUGUAUGAAAUACAAUGCAAAAGAUACAAUAUUCUAUAGAGCUGCAGUGCGGUUAAGAGAUCAAGGAGGUGUGGUUCUCAGGCAAGCUAGACGAGAUGCUGAAGGAAUCGGUUAUAAUAAUGAAACUGGAAUGCACUUACCUGAACGGCCUAAACUUGAGUCACCCCAGCCUUUCUCUUGGGAAGAUGUGGAUAGAUUACUGAAUCCUGCAAACAGAGCACAUAUGUCCUUGGAAGAACAGCUGAGAGAAUUGCUAGAAAAACUUGAUCUCACCUGUGCAAUGAAAUCCAGUGGGUCAAGGAGCAAAAGAGCAAAGCUGUUAAAGAAAGAAAUCAGCAUUAUUCGCAACAAACUAAGUCAGCAACACAACCAAGCUCCUCAAAUAGAAUCAGGUAUUGGAAGUUUUGAAGAAGAAAGUGCAGCAUUAGAACAAGACGGAGAAGAAGAAGGAGAUAAAUCUCCCCCUAAACUUGAACCAUCAGAUGCAUUACCUCUUCCUUCAAACUUGGAGACUAAUUCAGAACCACCAACCCUCAAACCAGUAGAACUCAAUCCAGAGCAGAGUAAGCUUUACAAAAGAGUAAAAUUUGAUAAUGAAUUAUAUAGCACUUCCAUUCAGAAAGAAAUAAAUGGACACACUCCAGAACACUUACUUGACAGUAAUCUCAAUGAGUCGACUGUUUCUGCUGUAGCUGAGUCAUCAACUGAUGUAAACAGACGUACAUCCAUUCUCUUCUGCAAAUCGAAAAGUAUAAGCCCCCAAAAGUCUGCAAAGAACACUGAAACCCAGCCAACUUCUCCACAGCUAGGGACCAAAACCUUUUUGUCUGUAGUCCUUCCAAGGUUGGAGACACUUCUGCACCCAAGGAAAAGAUCAAGGAGUGCAUGUGGAGAUUCUGAGGUUGAUGAUGAGUCCCCUGUAAAGCGCUUGGAUACAGGUCUGUCAAAUGGUUUUGGAGAUGGAAGUAAAGAGAGAGCAUUAGAUGAUACUCCGGGAAGAAAAGUUGAACCUCGUCGCCGCUGUGCAUCAGAAUCUAGUAUUUCAUCUAGUAACAGUCUUUUGUGUAACUCAAGUUUCAGCCUACCGAAGUGUGGUAAAGGUAAACCUGCACUUAUACGAAGACACACACUGGAAGACCGAAGUGAAUUGAUAUCAUGUAUUGAAAAUGGAAACUAUGCCAAAGCAGCAAGAAUUGCAGCUGAAGUUGGGCAUAGCAGUAUGUGGAUUUCAACUGAUGCUGCAACGUCUGUUCUUGAGCCUCUAAAAGUAGUAUGGGCCAAAUGCAGUGGAUAUCCCUCUUACCCAGCUCUGAUUAUUGACCCUAAGAUGCCUCGUGUUGCUGGCCAUCACAACGGUGUUACUAUACCAGUGCCACCUCUGGAUGUACUGAAAAUUGGAGAACAAAUGCAGACCAAAUCAGACGAGAAACUAUUCUUAGUACUAUUUUUUGACAAUAAAAGAAGUUGGCAGUGGCUUCCCAAAUCCAAAAUGGUUCCCCUUGGGAUAGAUGAGACCAUAGACAAGUUAAAAAUGAUGGAAGGACGUAACUCAAGCAUACGAAAAGCAGUAAGAAUUGCUUUUGAUCGUGCUAUGAAUCACCUGAGUAGAGUCCAUGGAGAACCAGUCAGUGACUUCAGUGAUAUUGACUAACAGAGAUUCUACCAAGGCAUGAAAAAUACCACACAGAGUUGAACUCUAGUAAUGAACCUUUUUGUCUAAAAGAAUGUAUUGAAGAUACCACCCCUUAAUUGUUGGUUCAGUGGCUGAGUUCUGCAAACUUGAAAUAGUUGAGCAAUUCUUCUAAAUCACCAUUGCCAUAUUGAUUAAUGAUUUUAUCGUGUUGUAGUUUGGAGGAUUUUCCACUAAACCUGUUAAAAUGUCUUGUUAAUAGUGUUCAUAAUUGUACAUAAAUGUAUAUUCAACACUUAACUUAUUCUGAUUUUAGAAGUAGCUCUUUAAUUCCUUUUAUAAUUUUGCUGGGGAGGGAGUUGGUUUUUGUUUCCAUGCUUUUUACUUUUUUUUUUCCUUUCUUUCUGAGGUUGUUACCUAAGCACCAUCUUCCAGCUUAAGGUGUUUGAUGGAUCUUAAAGCCUAAUAUCAAAAUGGCAUCAAAUAUAUGUUUGCCUAAAUCAUAUACAAUAUGGUGCUGCUUGUAUCAUUUCUUCCUUGGUCUGUAGCUUCUGAAAAAGACUUCUGAAUGUUUGUGUAAAUCAUUGCUCUUUGCACAAAGUACCACAUAUUUAAGAUUGAUGUAAAUUUACAAUUACAAAUAUGUAUUUUAAGAAAGGAAGUUGCAUUAUUUUGGAGGGUACUUUGUGAGAAAGACAUCAAGAAAAAAAUUAUACUAUGUACAUCACUUGCAAAUCGCCAAAAACACUCCAUUGUUGCCCAAAAUAACUUAAGAUUGUUUUUUGUUUUAAACAAACCUGGCUUAAAGCCUGCAAGCACAUUAUUUCUUUCAAAACCGUAUCCCAUUUAUCUCCCAUUGAUUUAAUUUUGUUGAUAUGUGUGCCUCCCUGUGUUUUAUUUAUUGUAGAAAAUGUAUUAAUUUGCUUUAUAAUGAAAAAUAAAAUUGACAAAUAUAUUGAUAUGCAUUUUUAUACAGGCACAUGAGAAGACAACUUGCUUUGGGAGAAAAAUGUAUUGGAAAUUGUAUAAAAUAACUUGAUGGUUUGUGUGUAAUUUGAUUUUUUUUUUUUUUUGUAACUUGUAAUCUUUUGUUUCCAAUGAGGGGAUUUAUGUAACUUUUAAUUUAGAACACUUUGGUAGCAAUAGAACCUUUGGAUACAUUUUUGUAUGGUACAUGUGAUGUAUAUAGAAUUAGUACUUUAUUUUUAUUUUUAAGAAGUAAAGCAUUAUGUUUGGG